UUGAAAUUUUAACAUCGCUGGCAUAAGAGUGUAUAGAGACAAAUUGUGUAAAAAUCGAGAAAUGUUCUCGUCGAAUAAUUCGUGAGUUGUGUUUUAUUUUUCAUUUUCGCUGUGUACGACGGGUUUGAUUACUGAUGAUCAUUAUUGGAAUGAACGUUGCAGAAAAAUUAUAAUUACGAGUGUGGCAAAAAACAAUGAUCCAAAUGACACGAAUGAAAUGUAUCUGCAUUACAUUCACCAGGAAAUCAUAAAAAAAAAAUUGUUUUUGAUUAAAAUAUUAUCUGUAAACGGAAGUCCUGCGCAUACGCGAUAAAUAACAAAUAAACACAAACAAGUCUAUUGAAUCGUAAAAAUGAUAACACACGUGGAAAAUAAAAUUUUUAGCAAAAUCUCCAGUCAAUCGAGUGUAAUUAGUUAAUUAGACGUGAGAAUCUGGUGUCGUAUACGAUAUAGGAAUUCGUGGUAAAAACACUGGAUAGGCCAUUGAGCCGGAAUAACGGAAAUCACUUUCGUAAUUAAGAUUGAGACUAAUUUCGUUCGAUUAUAUUGAUACACAAAAGAGAGUAAUUACUUAACGUACAUUUCAAAGUGAUUUUUCCAUACUUAGUUGCCGCAGCGAUACUUUUAAAUUCGAUUCAUGUUAUGAAAAACUAUAAAUUGAUAAGAGAUGCAUUAACCAUAAUUUUUGUUAUAAUUAUAUUGACAUGUGGGACUAAUGAAUUGUGAGUGUUUUUGGUGUACGAGCGUAGAAUUGUUGACGCAACCAUUUUUAUCGCACCGAAUUAAGACCGAAAUUUUCUUCGAAGAAAGAACGAAAACAAAAUAGACUUCUGUCGCACUGCUAUACACAACCAAAUGCAUCAAAUACCAAAAUGGCUUUCUGGAAACAAUCAUUAUCAGCUGCGUUUCAAUUUACUUCCAUUUUUCUUAUCAUGAUGGCAUUACCAUCAACGAUGCCGUUUAACACAUUCGUCGAACAGCAAUUUGCUAUGGAACCACAGGAUCAAGUGGCCGUUGUGGGGGCUCGAGUAAUUCUCCCAUGUCGGGUAGUUAAUAAACAGGGCGUUUUGCAGUGGACAAAGGAUGAUUUUGGUUUAGGCACUCGUCGGAAGCUUGUCGGCUUCGACAGAUACCAAAUGAUAGGAAGUGACGAGGAAGGUGAUUAUUCGUUACAAAUUUACCCAGUCACUCUGGAUGACAACGCUCAAUUUCAGUGUCAAGUUAGUCCAGGACCGCAUGGACACCCGGGAGUCCGUUCGAGGUAUGCAACACUAAGCGUUCUCGUGGCUCCUGAUGCACCUGUUAUCACACAAGGUUCCAAUUUGGUUACGACUGAGGGAAGAGAAAUUAGUUUAGAAUGUAUUUCUGCGAAUGGUCGACCAGCGGCGGAGAUAACAUGGAUUGAUGGUUUCGGGAACGUUUUGACGGAGAACGUUGAACUCGUACAAGAACCUUCACCUGAUAUGAGAAGAUUUACAGUGAAAUCCAUAUUAAAAUUGAAACCGUACAAAGAAUACCACAAUAAAACAAUUAUAUGUCAGGCUCAAAAUACCGUUGACAAGGCAUAUCGGACGGCUCAAGUGCGAUUAGAGAUUGAGUUUGCACCAAAAGUGCAAGUGUUGUUAGUUGAUGGAGCAUUAGAUACGGGCCGAAUACCUGAAGGAAAUAUUGUUAGCUUUAUGUGCGAAGCUGAUGCCAAUCCGAACGAAUUGACUUAUCGAUGGUUUUUAAACGAUGAAGUUAUGCCAGAUCAAAAUUCCAAAAUCAUGAAUUUGUUCAAUGUGACCAGAGAUUAUCAGAAUUUUAUCGUGAAGUGUGUUGCACAAAAUGCGGUGGGAAUAAGUUCGGAUAGUGAAACGCUGGAUGUAAUAUAUCAACCAACUUUUACCAAACGACCCACGAACGUCGAAGCAGAUAUUGAUGAAAUCGCUUACCUAUUCUGUGAGGUCGAUGCAAACCCACCAUCGGAAAUUAUAUGGGUAUUCGAUCCAAUCGACAGGAUCAAUCUUCAGCCGCGUGUCGUGGGCGUUUCGAAUAAACUCGAAAUCAUCGCGUCCAGCCAAACGUCCGGCAGAUACUUUUGUAAGGCGAGCAGUCCCGGUUUCCAAGAGAUCCGGGCCGAAGCGACCGUUACGAUAAAAGGUCCACCGAAAAUUGUGUCGUCCAAUCAACAAUUUGCCCAUUCCAAUCAACAAUUUGAUGACAUUGAAUGUUCAGUUCAUUCCGUACCGAAAGCAAAACAUAUUUCCUGGGCGUUCAAUGGUAAAUUGAUUGACAUUAACAAUGAUUUGAGAUUUUCGUUGCGUGAAGAAGUGUUGGAUGAUGGCAUCAAAUCGAUUUUGACCGUAAUGGAGAAUAACUUUGAUUAUUUCGGAAAGUAUAGCUGUAUUGUGAUUAAUAGCUACGGGUCCGAUACAUUGGAAAUUGAAUUUGGCGAGACACGAAAAUAUUCAAUGAUUAUCUUAGGUGUCGGCUCGGCGUUAAUACUAAUCAUAUUGAUGUGUGGUCUCUUUAUAAUUGUAUUUUGCAUGAAAAUCAAUAAAAAGACUCUUCCGCCGGCAGAUCUCAUUCCUAAGCAAAGCAUUAUCAUCAAAGGCAGCCCGACGAAAAAAGUGGUUCAAACGAAAACAUUUGAAACGAAACCGGAACCACCCAGCGAAUAUCAGGAAAGUAAUUCGGGAUCGUAUAGCACAACAACGACACUGUCGAUAAACAAAACCGAUUUGAUGGCAUCGAAAACGAACAGCCUGUCCGUACCGCAUUGUGUGAGAUAUUCGGGAAAUUAUACCGACAACUUAAGUAUUCACACCAAUCAGUCGAUAAACGGUGGUGCAUCAUAUGUCGAUUAUGCUCGUGAUUAUUACAGUCCAACAAUACAAAAUUCUAACAAUUAUUUAUUGCAAUUGCAACGUGAAUCGCCGACGUAUGUGUAACAUAAAUAAAUGUUAAAUCGUAGCUAUCGCGUACAGAUAAUAUAAAAGCUAAGCUAUAAAUUGCUUGAGAUUAAAGAGAACGAAAAUAAAAAGAAAUUUUCACUUUUAAAAUGUAAAUACAAUUUGAAAACGAAGUUAGAGGAGACAGAGAGAAAAUGAACAGAAAAAUCAGUGUGCAUGGAAAAUAUCUAAUCUAAUAAAACCGAGUGUUGCUUCGUGUGUUUUAAAUCAUUGCAAGGCGAUUAGUUGGAAAUGGUGUUUUUUUGUGCGCUGUUGUUAUUCAGGUAAUUAUCUUUUUUGAACCAAAUUAACAUAUUAUCUCAUUUGCUGUUUUGUUGUGCGUAGUAUUGAUGCUACAAUAAUAUAACAAUAAAAUGUUAUCACGAAAAGGUUUUAUAGUGUGUCCGCUAAGGCAAAAGAUUGUGCAAAUUGAGGUAAAAUUGAUUUCAUGAUUUUAUUAUGAUCUGUAUGGAAUGCUGAUUCCAAAAUCAUCAGA